GCUCUCUCACCUUCCUCCGUCCGCGUUUCCCGGCUGUGAAUGCGUGUUUGCGCGCUGGCGUGACUAGCCGUGUGUCGCAUGGGAAGUGUAAAAGAAAAAUAGGAGUGAACUUGUAGUGUGCUGUUCGGUCGUAAGUGCAGCGAAGCAUGAGUAGCAGCUUUUCUGCGGACGAGUUGAAGAAAUUUUUAUGCUCAAGCGGCUCGUGGACUGCCGACCUGACCCAUGUGCCGCCUGUGUGUGAGCGUGUUAUUCAAGCACAUUUCGGCGCGUCACCUAGCCGCGGGCUGCAAAAGGGCUGGAAAUUUAAAGAAGAAAAGUAUAUUCGCCGGCUGGAAUGCUGCACUACUCGCCAUCCUGCCGGGUGUGAGCUCCACCUGCUAAGGAGCAUAUGCCUGUGCUCAAUGAAGCCUGGGCAUUACAGGCAAAUCGUUGCCCUCCGCGAGGACAGCGUCACGUCUGUUGUUCAAGCGUACUGCGACUGCGUUGCUGGGUGAGUAGAGACUAUUUCUUUCUUUAGUCGUGCUAAUAGAGUGUCAUUGCCAACGUGCGUGCAUAGGAAUCAUACCAAUGCGUGUCGCGUGGUUAUUUGCGCAACCGUUACGCGUAGGUGAACCACGGGCGCAUUUCAUGAAGUGUAAGAAACAUUUUUAACGUGUUCAUCGCUUCUUUAACUAGACGAGACAGGACAGCAGUACAUAUCCGCUUGACCAAAGGCGGAUGUGCGGUUCUUUUUUUUUUAUACCGGUUUUUCCGCUUCCCAGGAUUUCACAUUGUUUAUUAUUCAUUCAGUAUACGUAGUUGGUUGUUAGUAGUAUACAGGCGAGAGCCCCAAAGUCAAACGACUGCAGCGGGACCCUUGGCUAACAAGAAGAUUGGUACAAAAUGAUAAAUUGCUACAGCAGUAUAAAAUCUACAAUACAUAGUGAACGUAGUGGUGAAAAGAAAUACAUUCGGUUCAAUACAAGGAGUCGUACAAGUAAAUAAAAAAAAUACGCACAUGUCAAUCUAAGUUGUACAAACCUAUUUAAUGAAGUGCACAUUUUAUUUACAAAGUAAAUUAAACAGGACAACUAGUUACACAAAAUAAAAUUUUUAAGUUCACAUUUGAAUACAUGCACAGGUGAUUUAAGCACAUAGCGCAAGUGAUCCAGAAUGUUUCCUUCAGCAAAACAUACGAACGUGUUGACUGAUUAACUAAACAUGCUAGAGCAGCAUGGGCUGGUUGAUGAAAGCUAUCAGCCUUUAUGAUGAAACCAGUGAAGCCGUCGCAUUUAGGCUCUGCAACUAAUUUUACUUUUAUUGCUCUUCUCUGCUGAGGGGUGUACUAUGACAUUCACUUUGAAAACUAAAGUGCAUUGUUGUACCUCGCAGGCUCAGUCAAAGCUGUCAACAUAUCGCUGCUCUUCUGUUUGCUGUUGCGAGCAUUCAGACGCCGUCAUGUACCGACAUGCCUUGCAAGUGGAUGGCUCCAACACAAGGUCAGAACCGCCAGCCAUCAGUGCCACUUGCAGAAAUAACGUUCCGCAAGCUUGUGGUGAACAAGACUGUGCAAGCCAAGAGAAAGCGAAAACUUCCACCUGGCUUCCAGUCGAGAGAUCAGUCUGUACUUCAGAACUUCACAGAAAGGAUGGCUCAGUGCGCUCCACAUCUGUUGUGGAAUCGGUACAGUGCCAGCAAACCAGCUACCGUGCAAAACACCAGUGGCAUCACCAACAUUGUGGACCUCCACUCUAGGGAAUGCUUGGCAUUGUUUGCCAACUAUUGGGCACAGCAGGUGCCACUCACAGCUGCAGAGAGAGCGAAAAUUUGCAUGAACACAGUCGGCCAGAGCAACAAUCCACUGUGGCAAGCUGAAAGGACUGGCCGCCUGACAGCCUCCAACUUUUACAGAAUACUGCGCUGCAUCAAACCCGAGGGACUUGUUAGAGACAUUUUGUAUCCACGCAAAAAGAGAACCUUGGACCAAGCGACCCAAGGUUGUACGGUCUUAGAAAUGAAGCGGUAGCGGUAGAAAGUUAUCGUACAAUAAUGCGGCUGUACGAUAAAGACAUUGAGGUCUACGAAACGGGACUUCAUGUUCACGAAACCUACGCCUUUAUAGCGGCAUCACCAGACCGCUUGGUCAGAGAUGGAGCUGAGACAGGGCUCCUUGAGGUAA